AUGAUUCGGUGGAUACUAUACGUUGUGACAUUGUCAGUAACAUUGGUAGCAGCCCUCCAACAGCGCUCUGAUUGUGUCACAGAAUGCGCUCAUUUGGAGAGUCAUCGAGCGUUCGAGGCUUGUGUAGCCGAGUGCUCGAAGCUGCCCCGGAAGGACAAUGUUCCCGACGUCGCCUACUAUCCGACACCACCAAAGAACGUCUCUAUCGACACUGCUGUUGUGAUCGAUAAUGGAAAAUUCUUAGAGACAACUGUCACUUGGUCAUCGACCAAGGACCUCGGACGAACGGGAUUCUACCUUCGCUACAGUGCCAUCGGUGAACGCUGUCAGCGAGAUUUUCCCGGUUAUUUCGCGUCAAACAUCGGCCCGGUCAGUGCUUUUUAG